AAAACACAACGGUGUUUUGUUCAUUAGAUUAAUAAGAGAAAAAGCAAAAGAGAGGUGAAGAAAGCUACAGAAGCCAAAAGCCAAAGGCAAACAGUGAAGACAAGCCUCUCCUUAUAAGACCCUAGAUAAAGAACCCCCUCUCAACUACACUCUCUCUAUCUCUGCUCUGUAUCCUUCUCUGUCUGUCUGUCUGUCUCUCUCAAAUUCUCUCUAAGUCCACUGAGCAAAGACCAUGGACUGCCAACGCAGCCCUCUUAUCAGCUGGGCAUUCUUGUACUGCCAAGGAAAGAGCAUGGAGGAGCUGAGGCAUUCGCUGCUGUGCACGACAGUGGAGCUAGAGACCACGAGGGUCGCUGCGCAGGAGGAGCUGAGGAAGAGAGAUGACCAGCUGAUUCAGCUCAGAGAACUGCUCGACAAGGCCACCAGAGAAAGGGAUGAGGCGCAGGACAAGUACCAGAAGCUCUUCUUGGAGAAGCUCUUGAUUCAGCAGCAGCAAUUGACAGGUCCUCUUUCCGGCGUCUCGAGCGUCGAGGAUGAACCCAGAAGAGGCAUUGACUCCAACGCCGCCUUCUCUUCCUCAGACUCUGAUGAGAGCAUUGUCUCAUCUCCUCCACCUCAAUUGACCUCACCAAGGACAACACCGCUACCACCACAGCAGCCACCGCCGCUCUUGUCGCAGGUGAUGACGGUGGUCCCCCACAAUUCGACGCCGGAUAUCGAGCUCGUGCCUGAUAAGCCGCUGCCCGAGAAGGGCAAGCUCCUGCAGGCCGUCAUGAAAGCUGGGCCCCUUCUUCAGACCUUGCUCCUGGCAGGGCCACUUCCUCAGUGGAGACACCCUCCGCCGCCGCUCGACUCGUUCGAGAUCCCGCCCGUCACCAUCCCUUCUCCUCCGCAGCACCUGCCGCCAUCGCCGAUGGCGGUGCCGCCGCUUCUGCUGCAAGACUCUCUGGCGGGCGUGAACGCGUGCAGCGGCAUUGCCCAUUGCGGGAGGUUGAGCAGAAAAAGAGGCCACUUCGAGGGGUCCGAUUCACCUACAGAGCCAAAGUACCAGAGGGUUCUUCUCAAUUGACAGAAACCCGCCUGCUGUUAUUAGGAGAUCUCACUAAUCGAUAGUUUCUAUUAGCCAUUUCAAAACAACUAGGGACGUCGGAGGAAGAAACUGCAAGUUUGAUCACAUGACUGAAGUUUAGCAUAUGUACAGAGGUUUGAUUUUGAUCUAGGAGGAAACCAGAAAACAGAGAGAAUUCCAAGUUAGCCCAGGAAGGGGAGGGACCAGAGAGCAGGUGCAAGCUCUCUCAGUUAGUG